AUGGCAAAGCUCACAGACCUCCCAACAGAACUCCUGCUUACGAUUGUCUCCUUUCUCAGGAGCAACCAACCCGCCAAGAAACGCCUCCUCGACGCUAGCGUCAGCAGAAAGCGCAACGUGCUCGCAAAGACCCUUCACCGUGAGAGGUCCUCCGUAAUCAAUCUCUCCAGCGCCUGCAAAACCUUGCACGAGGCGCUAAAGACGGAGAGAUACCGCUUCGUCAGCAUCCACGGACACAACAGUGCCCAGAAGCUGCUCUCCUUGCUGCGGCUCAUCCGUGUACGUCCAGAGAUUGGUGAAUGCAUCCAGCAGUUGCAUCUGCAGCUCAUCCCACUCGCAUGCGAUGUCACAUCGGUGAGCUUUGAGCAACUUCGUUCUCUGAAGAGCUGGGCGGAACCAAUCGGCGUCACAAUUGAAGACACAACUCUGUCGAACGCACUUAAAUACGAAUACGAAGAAGAUCUCGAAAACUCAGGAUAUUAUGGACACAGCGCCAAUAAAUCAACUCAAUACCAGUCGACCAAAGUCACAUUCAUGGCCAAGCAGCCUUCCAUCUCUUCGAUCAAUGGCAUUCGAGACCAACCUGCCCUCCUUGGGUGA